CCGCUCUCCCCGCUUCAUUCGCAGAUCUCGGUCGGCGGAUGAACACAUCCCAAGAUCCUGGAAAUAAACAUUUCAAAGCUUUGUAACCUUCCAAAUUUUCAAAGAAAUAAAAAAUAAUUAAGUAAAUUAAUAAUAAAAGGGUUUUUUCUCUCUCGGAGCUUAUCAAUGGCGGUAAAUCGCUGCGACCUAAUGCGACCGACCGUCGGUGUCACCGCCGCACCGGAGACGGCGCGGUGCCGUCACCUCCCUCUUCCGGUCACCGCAAUCUCACCGCCGCCAGCUGUUCUUCGGUCUUCCCCUAUUUAUUCUUACGGUCACCGCAGAACGUUUGCCGUUCGUUCGAUGUGCUCGAAACCUGCAUCGUUCGGAUCUCGGCUCGAGGAUUCAGUGAAGAAGACGGUGGCGGAGAAUCCUGUGGUUAUUUACUCCAAGAGUUGGUGCUCUUACUCGAUGGAGGUGAAAUCGCUGUUCAGGAGGAUUGGGGUUGAGCCUUUAGUUAUUGAACUGGAUCAGCUAGGUCCCCAAGGUCAUCAGCUACAAAAGUUGUUGGAAAGAUUGACAGGACAAUUUACCGUUCCAAAUGUUUUUAUUGGAGGCAAGCAUAUCGGUGGUUGUACAGAUACUGUGAGACUUCACCAUAAAGGAGAGCUGACUACUCUACUAUCAGAAUUGAACAUCAAGACCAAGAGUUUGCAAAAACCUUGAGUUCUAUAUUCCAGCGUCGAACUUAUUGAAUUUGGCAGAUUAACCUAUCUACUAUCCAUUCUCCUUGUGACUCCUAUUGACUAGUGGAGUUGGUUGAGCAACCAAGAUAUUACUUGUACAGAGGUCAAUAAAUACAAUGCAGUAUAUGGAAUUUAUUUAUUUUCACAAAUUAUUUUUCUUGUUCAUUAUGGUGACUACAAUGUCAUUUAGUUUCACUUUCGUCU